AUGGAAAGGUAUAAGGUUUCCAACGAGUUCCCGGACGACACGCUGAACUUCAUCAAGCUGCACCCUCUGAUGGACGAGGCCGUGCCCUCCAUCGCCCACAAACCCUGGUUCCUGAAGACCAUGCGACACAGUCCAACCGCAGUGAGCUGUCGUUGGUUGAAGGACAACUUGGUCAGGAGCGCCCUGCCACAGGCUGCGCAGGCGGCUCUGCACAGGAUCAAGCCAGGCGACUGA